UGCUGUGGGGCUGCAGCUGCUCUGCUGAUUGUGUGUGUGUGUCUGUCUGUCUGUGUGCCUGUGCCUUUUUAGCAACUAAAUGAACGUAACCGGAGGAUAAAGUGAAAGCUUACUCAGUUUUCCCAUAGUUUUCCCAUAGUUGCCGUCGCCCUUUCUUUUGUUUAAUAUGUUCGCUAAGUUAAGCUAACCGAGCUAGCUAACGUUAGCAUGCUACAGUGACUUCACCUACACACUGAGAAGAGGAGGGGAGGACUCUUACAAUGUACCCUGAUGGCUUCAACAUCUACAGCAGAUAAAGCAGCAUGGCGUGAAGGUGACAGCUGUCUGGCCCCUGACCCAAGAGAUGGCACCCUGCGAGAAUCCAUCAUUAAGAGACUGACCUCCUCCUCUCGUAAUAAUAAUGAAACCACAGCAUGGGUGGUGUUCACUAACCAUGAUGAAGAUGCAGAAGAGGAUGAGGAAGAAACGGCGGAAGCUGUGCCUGUCUCAAAACUCAUGAGACCAGGUUUGAAUCACUGCACCCAGGAAAAACCCCUGUUUCCCGGCAGCGUCACAGACACCAGGCUGUGUGUCCCCUUAAAGUUGGGCCAUGUUGGUGGACACAGAGUCCCCUACACCGUCAACAGAUACCUGAGGGAUUACCAGAGAGAGGGAAUCAGGUUCAUUUACAACAAUUACAUCCGUUCCAGAGGUUGUAUCCUUGGGGACGACAUGGGCUUGGGAAAAACUGUACAGGUCAUUGGUUUCCUUGCUGCUGUAUUGCAGAAAACAGGCACAUGGCAGGACAUCCAGAACAACAGGCCUCAGUUUCUGCAGAGUCAGAUGACCUCCUCAAAGCAAAGUAAACCAAACAAAGUGUUCCUCAUUGUGGCCCCGCUGUCAGUGCUUUAUAACUGGAAAGAGGAACUGGACACGUGGGGUCACUUCCAGUGUGUGGUGGUCCACGGUCUGAAAAAAGAGGAAGAGUUGGCUCGCAUCAGGAAGGGACGCAUUGAGAUCGCUCUCACUACCUAUGAGACUCUGCGCCUUUGUCUGGAUCAGUUUAAUAACAUAGACUGGUCGGCUGUGAUUGUGGAUGAGGCCCACAAGAUAAAAAAUCCUAACUCUCAGAUCACUCAGGCCAUGAAGAAUCUGACAUGUAAGAUCAGAGUCGGCCUGACUGGCACCAUCUUACAGAACAACCUUGAGGAGCUGUGGUGUGUCAUGGACUGGGCCAUACCUGGUUGUCUUGGCAACAUAGGACAUUUCAAGAACAAGUUUUCAGAUCCUAUUGAGCAUGGUCAGAAGCACAGUGCAACCAAACGUGCCCUAGCCACAGGGAGGAAGACUGUCAGAGCCCUUGUGAGGAAGAUUUCCCACUUGUUCCUCAGAAGAACUAAAGCUCUUAUCAAGGAACAGCUGCCUAAGAAGGAUGACAGGGUGGUGUAUUGCACUCUGACAGACUUUCAGCGCAGCGUGUAUCAGACGGUGCUGGACAGUGAUGAUGUGACGUUAUUGCUGAGGUCUUCAGAGAAAUGUGACUGUCAAAGUGGAAAAACCCGCGGAAGCUGCUGCUAUCAAAGAAACUCAAAAGGUGCAAAAAUUAAGACGCUGUACUUCAGUUACAUGGCCAUACUGAGGAAGGUUGCCAACCAUGUAGCACUGCUUCAGUCCACCGCAGGCACCAGCAAGAUGCAGGAAAGGUAUGUGGCUGCCAUUUGUGCAGAGGUAUUUCAAAAGUUUCCAGACUUUAUGCAGAGAUGCAAAGAUGAAGCAUUUGAGGCCUUGUCGGACCCGAUGUACAGUGGAAAGAUGAAGGUUUUACAGAAGCUGCUGAAAUAUUACCUGCAAAGGAGAAAUAAAGUACUUCUUUUUUCCCUCUCAACCAAGCUGUUGAAUGUGCUGGAGAGCUACUGCAUGGCAGAGGGACUGGACUACAGCAGGCUGGAUGGAAACACCAAAUCGAAAGAGAGAGUCCAGAUCGUCAAAGAGUUCAACAACUCCUCUCACAUCAACCUCUGCCUGGUUUCCACCUUGGCAGGUGGUCUUGGUCUUAACUUUGUAGGGGCCAAUGUGGUAGUGCUCUUUGACCCCACGUGGAACCCAGCCAGUGACCUCCAAGCUAUUGACAGGGCGUAUCGUAUUGGCCAGUGCAGGGAUGUGACUGUUCUUAGGCUGAUCUCACUGGGGACUGUAGAGGAGGUUAUCUACCUCAGACAAGUUUACAAACAGCAAUUGCAGAGCUCUGUUGUGGGCAAGGAGAGUGCACGGCGGUAUUUUGAGGCAGUGAAUGGUGUCUAUAAGGGGGAGCUGUUUGGGUUAAGAAACCUCUUCAGGCUGCAGACCCAAGGGACUUGCCUCACCCGCAAGAUACUAGAGCGAGAAGGACAAGUGGAGGCUGGUGUAAUGACAAGCAGCACACACACAGGCGAGGAGAAGGAGGAGGAGGAGACGAAGGGAGUUAGCGCACCUGGAGACUCUGCAGACGGCCCUGCUCCGAAGGAACCUGCCAAGGAGUACAGAGAUGCGUCAAAGAUGGCCAUAGGCGUGUUGGACUUCAGCAGUGGGAGUGAAGAGGAUGAGGAGGUGAAGGGACUAAAGAGAAAGGUGUCAAACCUCAAUGCAGUGGAUGGCAGCAGGGGUGUGAAUGACACCACCGGUCCUGGUCGAAUGAGUCUCUUCCAGCACGGUUUCUCCAGGCUCCUCGAAAGGGUCAAAGGAAAACCAGAGUCAGCAGAAGGGGACAGCAGUACGGAUAUAGAAGAAAGCCCGUCUGAGGAAGGUGCUGAGGAUCAAAAGAUGGAGGGUACCUCCUCUGGCAUCGGCAAGAGCUCCAAUGCAAGAAAUGGUGCAGUCUGUCUCCCUAAGUUAGGAAAGAAAACCUGGGACUUCACCAGUGGUUCAGACAGAGAAGACAGGGAGAAGAAAGAUGGGGGGAGACCAGAGAGGGUUUCUCUCUUGAAGCAGAGCGAUGAUGCUGUAAGACAGAGACAGGACCUGAAAGGGUGGGUAGAUAAGAAAAUUGUAGAUGAGGAGAGUGAUGAAAAUUCCUCACCAGACAAAAAGAAACCUUACAAGCUUAAAACUCCAGUUCCUAAAGUGUCCCGCUUUGAGGGUUACUCAGAUGAAUCUGAGGAUUUUGACUUAGACGCAAAGACAUGGCCCAAGAGGGACGCUUUAAAUUCACACAGCAGAGGAGGUGACAGUGGGAGAGGAGGGCCAGACGGCAAUAGAAAAAGGCAAAGUGCUAAAGCUAGGAGCAAGGCCAGAUCCAAACACACAGAAGACAAAGAGACAUUCACAUCUUCCGACGAGGAACACACUCCUGUUAAGAAAGGGAGAUCUACAGGAGCUGCAACAACUGACACGACAAAGAGACAAGCAGGGAUGCCCAAAGCUGUUUCAUUUACAAGUCUUAAACGUCAGACAUCUUCAGCACCCAAAGGAAAGGAUGUAACCAUCGACAGUGUGCUAGGUGGUGUAAAUGAGGUGGUGUACACCCAUUCUAACCAGCGUGUGGUGGGAGGGAGCAAAGCAGAGCAGCGGAUCAGCAGAGCUGCUGUACGAGACGUGUUUGAGCGAAAGAUAAACUCUCAGCUUCCGGCCAAUCACCUUCUAGACAUCGACAAGAGCCUGUCACAGAGCCAACCAGACAGUGAGCUUUUCCCCUCGACUGUCACACUUGAGAAGCCCAGUGCGGACCAUCCUGUCACCUUCAGCACCAAGAUUGUGCUCCACAACAGACACACCACCAUCAUCAUUGGAGAGACGCCCCAAGCCAUAUGCAGGCAGCAGCUGGAGGAAAUGUCACAAACGUUCAAUUAUCCCUCAGUCCAGCAGUUUGCAAAAGAGAUUCUGAGUGGAAACUCAACCCACAGACUGGCCUGGCUUCGAAAGUAUUACACCUCACAGAACCACCCUGACCUGACCAGUACAGUCACAAACAACUUCCCACAACCUGAUUCAGCACAGGCCUCCUCCUCUUCAGCUCCUACCUCUUCAGCAUCCACCAAAACAGCCGCAAAAUCUCACACACAUACCAGAACCCCACAAAAGGAUGCUCCAAAAGCCAAGAGAAAGCCUAAGUACACUAAAAGGAAUCCUGAAGCUAAAACUAAGCCCAAAACCCCACAAAACAAUGUUCCUGCGCCACAGACAAAGCCUAGAAAGCCACAAAGUAAUGCUCCAUCACCCCAGAGAAAGCAAAAGAUCCCACGAAGGAAUGUCCCAGAACCUCUAAGUGAUGUUCGGAGCCUUGAGUCAGAGGAGCAGGAGGAGACAGCCUGCGGUGCCAGAGGACCUAAGAGGACAAAGAGGGGUAGUGUUUCUAGUUCUGGAGCCUUCAGAGCUGGUGGUGGUCUUGGCUUGGAGCAGGCCAGCAGCAGUGGUCUGGGGUCUGGGGAGGCUGCUGCUUUCCUGAUCCGCGCAGACAGAGAUAUCCCUUCUUCUCCGGACCUCAGCCAUGGCAGGUCCACCGCGUUAUCCAAACCCACAGGACAGGGAAGGGAGCAGGAGCGGGAGCAAAAAUUGUCUUCCAGGACCAGCGAGACUUUUCAAGGCCAGAGAGAAAAUCCCCAGACCCCUUCCCUUCCUGCGCGGGGCACAUCCACCUCCGCCUCCAGUCACCGUUCCCUCCUCACAGAUCUGAUAGGAGACACCUCAAUCCUUGACGACCUGUUAAAACCCAAACCCAGGGGUGCACAACAGAGGGACACCCCAAAAACACCCCCUGCACCCUCCUCCGUUUCAAUAAGCACGUGUGUCACUACGCCGUCUCCAUCCAGAGUAACUGUCAGGACUGAUUCUCCUUCAGCAGGCUGCAUAGACUCUCUGACCUCUCCAAAGUCGAGCAAACCACCUUCAUACCCGCUGGUGUCAAAGAGCAGUCGCAGAGACUUCUGGGACAUCCUGAAUGAGGGUAACGAGGAGAGCAUCAACAGGUUAACAGACCCGGCGGAAGUGCAGCGGGUUUGCAUCAGCGCUAAGUUUGCAGCGAGAGGUAGAUCUAAAGAAGAGGAGAGCAAAAAUCUCUGGAAGACUAAUGACAAGUUCCUGUGGAAGAAAUAAUACAGGAGAGACAAUUUUUAUUUUAGUUUAUUUUUCUAUUUUACACCUUUAACUUUCACAGUUUUAAGGAAGAUGGUUAAAAAAGACCUGAAUGGAGAUUUAAAGCAGGUUUUCUUGCUGCAGAUAUUUAAUAUUUGUUAAAAGUUUGUACCUUUUUAGAAUAUUUUAUUACUGUAGUUAUUUAAAAAUAUUUAGUGUUUACUGAAUAAUUGGCUUACUAGCAUAACUGUUACUUAAUCAACAGGGUGUUAAUCACUCUAGGAAUUUAAACCUUUGUAUAUUUUAUGGACGUCAUUGCAUCAUUUAUUGCUUUAUUUCUCUUUUUUCCUUUGACCUAACACACAGUCCACGAGGGAGCAGUCUAAUACAGUGGUUCCCAACUGGUUCAGUCUCAGGGUCCAGAUGUCUUCUCAGUCAUUAGUUUAAGGUCCACAUGUUUUAAUAUUUUCAUUGUCAUGCUUGUGUUUGGCCAUGUCGUUGAGCUAGUUUGCUGUCUCUGCUGAGUAGCUGUCCAUUAUUCACUCAUUUUACAGCAGGAAACAGCACUUCAAAAUAAAAGCUCUGUGCCAACUCAGUGUGUUUUUUACAAACAACACGUUCCUGAGUCACUUGCGGUCCAUUCAGAAUGGACUCGUGACCCACUUUUGGAUCACAACACACCAGUUGGGAGCCACUGCUCUGAUGUGUCAUCACGGAGGCAUUUACUUCUUCAUCUUAAAAAAAAAAAGUGGAAAAAUUGAGGCAAAAAAAAAAAAAUCACAAUGGUAAGUUGUAAAUAUGUAAUAGAGUGGUUCAGGGAUGAUUUUGUUUUGUGUUUUUUUUGUAGAAUGACAUGGAAGUUAGUGUUGCCCUGAUUCCCUCCACAAAAAGCCAGUGGGAUGUCCAUUGGAUUAUUACAGAAAAAAAAGCUUUGUUGCCAACAAGAAUUACUGAUAAUUGCAUGGUUUGUUCAGCUAAAUAAUCUCCACAAAUGAAUACCAGUUUUAGGAAGCGUUAAUACUCUUGCCAGAAGUAAAAAGCUAAUGAUGGGCUAUAAACAGGCUACAGACAUACUUGGAUACCACCAUUUUUAAGACAUGUAAAGCCUUCAAAAUUCAUGACAGUGGUAUUUACUGACGUAUUUUUUCAUGGAACAAAAUGUGAGAAUAUUUUAACCCACCUUAUUUCAGUCAUCUAACCCACUGACUUUGAGACGAGGGAAUCAAAAAUGCUAACUAAUUUCCAAAUUUCAGGACUCAUUCCUGCACUCCUAUAUAGGGCUAAAACCCUAGUUAAUAAUGGUACUACGAGGAAACUGGCAAAUUCUUACAUUUGAAAAACUGGAACCAUGAAAUGCUGUGCUUUAUUGCCUGAAAAAUAACUCAGUUAGUUGAUUAUCUUAUUAAUUACAGGUUAAUUAUCUGCUGAUGAACUCAUCUUUUCAGCUCCCAUGUUCUAUAAAACUGGUGAAAUUAACUAUAUAAAUGAGUUUAUGCCUCUUAUGUGGAUAUAUAGUUAAAGGUCAGUGUCAACGCUCAAACUGCAGCACUUAAUAUGAUAAGUGGAUGACAGAGAAAACCCAUCCCGCUGUAAGCAUUAGCCAUUAUCGUUAUUCGAUACCACAACUGCCACCGGGGGACUGCUGGUGGCCCUGCAGAGAUAUCACUUAAAACUCCCUAAUGGCUGUUAACGUCCCCGUCACUCUGAACACCUCGCUGCCUCCCACUUCCCAUGAGAGUGUUCAUAUUGUGUAUGUGGUGUGGGUUCCCUGCACAGUGUUGCGCACAGUAAUCUGAUCGUAUGUGGCUUGGGCUCAGUUGUGCCGCAAACGCCCCUCAGAGUGGAAGCUGCUGCGCUAUUAGUGAAAUAACAAUAAGCAGUUGAAGACUUAGUGGAGCAGGGAGAGGAGGGAUGGGGGUCAUUUUUACACCCAUCCAUCCACCCUGGUCCUCUCACGCUUUUAGGUGAAGUGUGUUUCAAACUGUGGUGACAGAAUAAUUUGCACCACUUCAAAAAAAGCACAAAAAAGUUAGGUGACAUAUCAAAGUUAUAGCUUUAAUGUGAACACUAAGUGAGUGUGUAUGCAUGUGCUGACCCUCACAGCUGUGUCCGACCUCUUUCAGCUGUUACACUGAAGUAAAUAGAGCCCCAAAGAGAGCUGCUCUGAGGAAGUGUUGUGUUCUGUUUAGCAGAAAUGAGAAAGUGCUGAUAGCGAUCUAUAAACAAGAGAAAGGACUGCGUGCCUCGACAGAACAUGUAGCUCGGUAAAUAGCAGUGUGUGUGUGUGUGUGUGUGUGUGUGUGUGUGUGUUUGUGCGUGCAGACCUUCUGGGUGGUAGAUCAUGACUAUCGUACACACAUAUUCUGAGGCCACACAUCUGUCACACCUGUUCAAAUCAUAGACGGAGGAGAAUAAAAAGCCCUUUCUCCUAUCCCAUCCCCCCAAGCCCUUCCCUCGCUGCCUUCCUCUGUCUGUUUCACCCACAACCGAGAUUUGCAGAUCCCUAUCUGUCUUUUUGUGGUCAUAGUCUGGUUCAAGUGAGAUAGCAGAGCGACUUAGCAUUUAACUGACAAAAGAAAGGCUCGCCAGCUGACUGACAGUGGUUGGAGGCUAAUGGAGGCCGGCUAACAUGGCUCAGUGGCGAACAAAGCUCUCUUAUCCGUAAUGCUAACUGCGGGAUUCUGUCAAGGAUCUGGAGUGAGACACACAACCCCCCAUGAGUGAUCGGUGACAAUGUCUCAAGUCAGCCUCAUGAUUGUAUUUUAUUUUAUUAUACGCCGUGGUCCAAUUUGCCGUACCGUGAAAGAGUCAUGAGAAAUACCACCAAAGAGUGCAAAGUGUUUUUCUAGUUCUCCCAUUAGUGUCUCCUGUCUUUGUGUCAGGAGCAGGAUGAGAAGUCUGUUUACAUUUCCUGCCACUAUAUCCUGCGUGUCUGUGAGGCUGUUAUGAACUGGACGGUCAGACAGCGGCGGAGGGACGGCCCUGGCGAUGGAGGUUUAUUUGCAGAAGUCAGACUGUGACACUUAGUUUGAUUUGAUUUGUUAAAAGCUGUGAAUGAAGGUUGACCCGUGCUGACCCCGCGCCUCCAGUCAUCUUUAGCUCAGGUUUCAAUACAUUCAUUCUGCAAUGUGUUAAAAGGGUCUGCAGAGUGCUGAUUAAGAGCUGUAGUUCUAGUAUGAAUGCAUAAAACAUUAAAGCCCCUGCAAUAAAUGUCCAUGACUAAAUAAGCAUGGAACACAGUAUCAGAAAAAAUAAAAUAAAAUACUAAUUAUUUCUUAAAGACGGAGACAUAAAAACAUUUCUUAAAUUAAUCCUAAUCCUCUGUCAUGUGUCUCUGUGUUCAUUGUUCAGUUAUCUCUUGGUUUGUGGCAAAUUACUAUAUAUUUUUGAGUUUUAAUUAUAGCAGGAUCCUUCUCUUUUGCUGUAAGACAAUACAAUAGUUUGGAACUUUGGGGUGUAUACAUGCAUUUAUCAUUUGGGACUCUGAUCGUUCAUCAUUUGGGGCGGCAGUAGCUCAGUCCAUACGGACUUGGGUUGGGAACCGGAGGGUUGCCUGUUCAAGUCCCUAUCCGGACCAAAAUAUGGAGCGUGAACUGGUAGCUGGAGAGGUGCCAGUUCACCUUCUGGGCACUCCCUCCCGCUUGUGACUAUAUACCCUCUGCCAGUGGUUCUCAAAUGGUGUGCCGUGAUGCCAAUCCAGUUGCGCCGAGGGAUUUUGUCAUUGCAAUAUUCGACUGGGCCUAUACAAAAAGUUAUGAGUUAGUUUUUUUUUUUGUUUUUGUUUUUUUUUUAAGGGCAUUUUUAGCCUUUAUUUGAUAGGACAGUCAAGCGUGAAAGGGGAAGAGAGAGAGGGAGAGACAUGCAGCAAAGGGCCACAGGCUGGAGUCGAACCCGGGCCGCUGUGGCAAAAGCCUUGUACAUGGGGCGCCUGCUCUAUCCACUAAGCCACCAACACCCCAUGAGUUAAUUUUUAAUUGACUGUAUCAGAUGUUAUGUGCACCACCAGUAUCGUAAAAGAGUCAAACCAUUGCUAAAAAAUAUGAUUUAAUUCAAUUUAAUGAAAAAAAAAAACCUAAUGGGGAACCUAUUUGUUGCUGUUUGUGCCUGGGAAUUAUAAGUGUGUGACACAUCAAAAGCCCCAGCCAGUGUGAGUACGGAGCAAAUUAUAACAAAGCACCAGCAAAGACGACUUACUGAAAGAAAAAGAGUACCAUGAAUGCUACUUAUCUCAUUUUUUCCUUAAUUUUAUUGUCUUAUGUUGUGAUAAGAGUGGUCAUACACAUUAUAGAAACUACUAUACUGUAUAUUUAUGAACCUAAAUACAGGUGUGCUUUGGGUACAAAAAGUUUGAAAACCACUGCCCUAUGCAGUGUGCACAGGUCCGUAUCACUUGAAAAACUCUGUCAUGUUACAGAAGGUGAUUUAACUUAAGUUUCACUGUGACUUCAAGAGUUUAAUGCUAAAAAACAAAUCUACUUCAUCAGGAUUGUGUGGAUGGGGUUUCACGAGAUUCGACAAUAACAAACUGUCAUCAGUUUCUAAUUUAAAUUAUGCUAAACCCUAAUGGGUGCACAGGCGUGUGUGACAUCACCAUGCUAACUGAGCCCCUGCCACUUCAAACCAGUGGAAGGACAAAAACACAAACAGAAAUCUCUCACCAAAUUGUUCCUACUUUGGCAGGAGACUGAGUUCCCAUGGGAUCCUGUCACUCAUGGUAAGAAGCUGAUAGAGAACAUUUGUUUUUAGGGCCUUUAAAGGUCCAGUAUGUUUGGGAGGAUCUAUUGGCAGAAAUAUAAAAUAUAGUAUUCAUGAUUAUGUUUUCAAUAGUGUAAAAUCACCUGAAACUAUGAAUGGUUGUGUUUACAUGAGCGUAGAAUGAGCUCUUCAUAUCUACAUAGACAUUUUUUUUUCUUUUUUUUUUGAGCUCUUACUAUUUCCUUUAUUGUUUUUAUUUAUUAUUAUAUUUGUGUAUGAUUAUAUUGUAUU